UCGUGUUGUAAUAAGCGAUUAAUCCAAAUCGUGGUGGACAAUCAAAAAUGGACUCGUCAUCAUCGUCGUUAAUCCCCGGCUUAACGGACGACGCGGCGGAGCUCUGCCUCUCGCGAACCCCGCGCUCAAACUUUCGGAUCACGUCCCAGGUCUGCCGGCGAUGGAGGACAUUCCUCAGGAGCGAGCAUUUCGCAUCCGUCCGAGAGUUGACCGGAACCGUGGAGGAGUUCAUGUGCGUUCUGAUGGAAAGCGAGUGCGGAAGAGACGUCUACUGGGAAGUUUUCGACGCCUCCGGUAACAAACUCGGACAGAUCCCUCCCGUCCCUGGGCCUAUGAAGCGCGGUUUCGGCGUCGCGGUGCUCGGCGGCGGGAAGAUCGUGUUCAUCGGUGGGUAUACGGAGGUCGAAGGAUCUUCUUCGAUCAAUAGCACAAUCGUCUCUGCUUCUGCCGAUGUUUACGAGUUCGAUCCUGCGUCUAACAGCUGGAGAAAACUGGCGGGAAUGAACAUACCACGUUACAACUUUGCGUUUGCUGUGGUGAACGGCCUUUUGUAUGUGAUCAGAGGCUAUUCGACAGAUGCUUACAGCCUUUCUAACUCGGAAGUAUACAACCCGGAAACUAACCGAUGGAGCCUCAUGGAUUGUCCUAACCGCCCGGUUUGGCGUGGCUUCGCAUUCUCCUUCAAGUCCAAACUCUUUGCUGUAGGCAAUGGAUCGAGGUUCAUCGACAUAUAUGACCCUAAAACGGAGACAUGGCAAGAGUUAGACUCCGAGCAAUCAAUCUCUGUGUAUUCAUACACUGUUGUGAGGAACAAAGUGUAUUUCAUGGACAGGAACAUGCCGGGGCGUCUGGGAGUGUUUGAUCCAGAGGAGAAUUGUUGGAGCUCGGUGGGUGUGCCUCCGAGAGCGGGUGGUUUCUGGUUCAGGCUAGGGGAAUGGAACAAUAAGGUUCUGCUGUUUUCGCGAGUUUGUGGACAUGAGACCUUAAUGUAUGACCUUGAUAAAGAGAAUGGGUCCAAGUGGAGAGUCUGUGAUCAGAUUAAACCAUCUGCUUCUCACUUGACCAGCGUUCUCAUCAACUUCUGACUUCAUUCUUUUGCAAAGUGUGUGAAACGUUUUGUGCUGUGAGCUUUGUGUGUUUGGCCCAAAAUGCAACCAAUUCUUCAACUUUGUGUGCAAGUG